UUCAGGAUUUUCCGUUCGCGUUUGAGUUUUCUUGGCGGGUGAUACAGUUAACUAUCCUUAUAUUAUGGCACGUAUUUUAUUUAUUGAACCGUUUUUUGCUGGUUCACAUAAGCAAUUACUGGAUACCUUAAUAAGUGGCAUAGACUUCGAGGAAUUCGGUUAUGAAUUGCUCACUCUUCCUGGCAAAAAAUGGCAUUGGAGGGCCAGAACAAGUGCACUUUACUUUGCUGAAGUAAUUCCUAGAAAACAUGUUUAUGAAGUGUUAUUUGCUAGCUCAGUUUUAAACAUGGCAGAGUUGAUUGCUCUUAGGCCAGAUCUGAUGCCAUGCAGAAAAAUUCUUUACUUCCACGAGAAUCAGUUGAUUUAUCCAGUAAGAAAACAACAAGAAAGAGAUUUUCAAUAUGGUUAUAAUCAAAUCAUAUCAUGUAUGGUGGCUGAUAACAUUUUCUUCAACACAUUAUUCAACCUUACCUCAUUCUUGGAUUCUAUUCCUUCAUUUUUUAAACUACAGCCAGACCACAGACCAAAAAAUUUGCCAGAAAUGAUCAGGCCAAAAUGCAAAGUUUUAUAUUUCCCUAUCUCAAUUCAAAACUCGCCGAUCAGUUCUGAAGUAAGAAAAACUGAUGAUACUGCAGGUCUUCACAUCGUUUGGCCUCAUAGAUGGGAACAUGACAAAGGCCCUGACAAAUUUUUCAUGGUUAUUGACGCCCUUAUUGAAAAAGGUUGCAAGUUCAGGUUGUCUAUAUUGGGAGAACAGUUCCAGCAAAUUCCAUUAGUUUUCGAUGAAAAAAAACUACAAUAUGAAGCGUCCAAUAAUUGCCAAGUAUUGGAUUGGGGAUGGGUAAAUCGCGAUCGUUAUGUGGAUUUACUUUCAUCCGCUCAUGUAGUUGUGUCGACAUCUGAACAUGAAUUUUAUGGGGUCUCAAUGAUAGAAGCUACAAUCUUGGGCUGCUUCCCAUUAUGUCCCUGGAGAUUGUCUUAUCCGGAAAUCUUCCCUGAAAAAUGCUUAUAUCGAACAGAAAACCAGUUGGUUAAACAACUGAAAUAUUUCUGUAAGAAUCCAAAUGCCUCAAGAAACUUAUCAGUAAAUCUUGACCAAUUCAAGUGGAUUUCGCUUAAGUCUCAAUACGAAGAAGCUUUGUUGCUAAAGAAGGAAGUUAACCAAUGCAGCGCUCACUGAGUGAUUUCAGUUUUGCCGUUUGGCUCUACAUCCUUUUCAGAAGCCAGGUGGUGUACAGCCAUCCUUGUUAAUACAUCAUGAGAAUUUGCUGAUAUUCUCUGGAUAGGUACCUUUAAAGUUUCUAAGUUAAGUUCCAUUUUGAGCCCACUGAUACUCGUUCUAGUAAGUAAUCCAUUCUGUCAAAUAUUCUUCAUUGUCACGGUUUCACCCAAAUAGUUACGAUCUCUCCUUUAGAUUUAUGCGAUAAAACAUUUCUUCUAUGAUUUUAAGGAGGUCUAAGGGAAUGUUUAACGCAUGUUGCAGAUUCGGCAUAAUCUGGGGAAGUAGUUGUGGCUGGCUAAAUUCAAAUUUUAUUAGUUCUCAACCACACAGAUUACAUUUAUCACAGAUAACUACGCCUAUUAAUUUAUUUAGCUUUUA